AUAUUAUUAUUAUUGCAGGCAGCAGCACUGCCUCCAUCAAGCUCCUCGAGCAUUAUCAUAUUCCUCUCCACUUGCCUUCUUCUAUUCUGGUGGUUGUUGGCGUUGGAGACCUCAUUAUCUCUUACUUAUCACAGCAAUCGCGUGGACGAACAAGCAACAAAGCGCUGCUUUCGAAGAAGGACUAGCAAGAAAGUAGCAGGUACCGGUAUAUCAGUGGGUAGUCUUUCCUGGCGAUACAAGACUAUUCGAGUCUUGUUAUUGCCCUGUCUCUCGACCUCGGUGCUCUACGUUCCACGCUCCGCAAAAUGACGGAACCAUACCCCGACGAUGUCCCCUACCAGGAUGAAGGCCACUACUACGAUGAUGGUCGUCCUAUGUUGGAUGAAGCUCAAAGCCAACAGAGUUUGGGAGGAUCCUUCAUGACUGGAGAAGACUCUGUCGUGCCCGAUAUUCAAAUGCUCAAUUUGCACUGUGCUCGGGCAUUUCCUCCACGCAACAACACCCCAGAAGCCAAGGAAGAAGCUGCAGCCAGCUGGGAACCUGUGAGGGAAUGGCUACGCACUCGAUCUGCAGAAGAAGUCCGGGCUGCUUCCGAACAACGAGGCGAUUCUGCCAUGACGGCCCUCCAUUUUGCUUGUCGAAAUGCCCCUCCCACCGAUGUGAUUGAUGUAUUCCUCAGUAUUGCAGAAGACACUGUGCAAUGGCCAGAUUCCUUUGGGUGGUUACCAAUUCAUUAUGCGUGUGCCUGUGGUGCAGAAACAGAAGUCAUCAAGCAGCUGGCAGAAGCUUUUCCCGAAUCCAAAACAACCGUUGAUCGUCGUGGACGAACACCGCUUCAUUUUGCCUUGGGAAAUUCCAGCAAGCCGGUUUCCCCGGAUGUGGUUGUAUUGCUUAGUAGUUCAGGAUCGGCUGGAUAUGCAGAUGACAAUGGAAUGUUGCCACUGCAUUAUGCUUGUGCCUACGGUGCCAGUGAAGAAGCCUUAUACGUGUUGACUGGGGCCUAUCCUGAUGCUAUUACUACCCAAGAUCGUCGAGGUAGAACUCCCUUGCAUUUUGCCCUUUCCAAUGCUGGGCGUCGAGCUGCACCUUCUGCCGUGCGUUUGUUGGUUAGUUUUAAUCGAGACAUUGUCAAUUCACGGGGUGGAUCUUCCAAUCCCCUUCGUGUUCUGGCUGAAUUUGCUGCUACAAUCAAAGAUGAUCAUGGUCAAAAGGAAUCGGUUCACAAAUGUCUAGAACAUUUGCUGAAUGCCGAACCAGAACCCACAGCUGACUUCUUUACGGCGCUGCAGUCACUGCCUGAUUGGCUGAGUGAACAAGCAGUUGUUAUGGAAGUUGUGCAGACUCUACUCAAUGAGAAGAUUUCCCAGCGAUUCCCUACAGCGGUUUUGAUGUGGGACUUCUACGUCAUCGUCAUGGUUAUUGUCAGCUACUCUUUCAACGUAGAAGAAUCGAUUGAACGAAGAAGCAUGUGUUCAGAGCCAAGGUGUGCCAAGAUUGAGGGAAAGACCCUUCUGCCUCUGUACCUGGGUGGUGGAUACUUUUUGAUGCGUGAAAUCAUCCAAUUGAUCAGUUUACUCUCCCUCAAAGCUUUCAAUGUAUGGAUAUAUGAUCCCGCCAACUGGCUGAACUUGAUCUUUGUUUUCUGUGUGCUCUUUUGGACAGUACACAUGCAGAGAGGAAGUGCCAGUGACGAUUUCUUCAGGGUAGGAUGUGCAUUCUCCGUCACUGUUCUUUGGAUCAAGUUGCUGGGUUAUUUGAAAAAUGUCUUGAUUGAUUUCGCCGUCUUUGUUGGUGGUGUAUUUUAUGUUGUCAAUCGCCUUGCGGCCUUCUUGAUCUCUUUGGGUAUCAUUCUGAUUGCAUUUUCACAAAUGUUCUACACCAUCUUUCUGGAGAGUGACACUUGUCUCCUACAAAAACAAAUGACCCAGGAUGAGCUGGAAUCGAUCCUCCGUUGUGAGGGAGAGGCACCUACAGAACCAUUUUGUAAUCACUGGACCUCAUUCCUGCGUGUGUACACUAUGUUGCUGGGGGAAGUUGAUGAGAACGAAUUCUUCUACGACAACAAGGCUCAAGGGAUUGCGCUGGCUCUAUUUCUGAUUUUCAUGUUUUUGGUUGUCAUCUUACUGGCCAAUGUUCUGAUUGCCAUCGUCACUGACAGUUAUAAGGUCAUCCAGGAUCAGCGCGCAGCCAUUGUAUUCUGGACGAAUCGGUUGGAUUUCGUAGCAGAGAUGGAUGCAAUUGCAAAUGGACCAUGGAAAGCCAAAAUGAAGAAGUCUUUUGGUUGGGAAGAAGAGGAUAGUGGCGGCCCUGGGGCCAGCGACACUGCCAAUGAGGUUGUUUUUGGAAAAGAGUCAUGGAAACGACUGAUGGAUUUGUUUGAGGAUGAACUCGAUGACUCAGUCAUGUCAUUGGAGUACUUUUUGUACACAUUGCUCCGUAUUUCUGUUGCCGUCAUCAUCAUCCCCUUGUGGAUUUUCUUGGGUGUCAUCACUGCUGGAUGGUUGUGGCCCCCUCAGAUCCGUGAGGCUGUUUUCACCAGUUCUGUGUUCAAGCACACCAACGAUUCGGAGAGAGAAGAUGAAUUGCGCAAAAUCCAAGCAAAGAAGCUUGAGCAAGAGGUGAAGGAGCUGAAGGAUGAGCUUCUACAGGAGCUAGCAAUGGACCGUACACAGGUUGUUCAGAUGAAAUCCGCUGUGGCAGAACGAAAGAUUGAAAUUGCAAAUGAAAUGAAGCAUGUGAAAAGGAUUGUGACAAUGCUGUUUGAGCAACAAUCGGGUUUUGGAUAGGGCCGAAACAGUUCAGCAAGAGCCAUGGUGCCGAGGUUUUGUAUACUUGCCACGAAUUGUACGUAGCGGGGAUAGACGUUGAAUUUGGUUUGGUUGGUACAGUGCUUUGUCUACGUAGAUCUCGUCGCAAUAACUACUCCUUAUCAAAAUGCUGUAGGAAUCUGUUUAGGAGCCAGAAAAACUAGACAUAAAUGCUUACUGUCGAAGUCCAAGCUCGAUAGCGAUUUCGUUCACAAGCUCGUAAAGAAAAGCAGCUCGUCGACCGCACCGUCCACAAGCAAUCCCAGUAAUGUCCCUCCCAUUUGACAUUCGACUGAAUGCUAGGUUUCAAAUGCAGCUGAAAGGGCAUUCCUCCGUCUGCAGUUGGCAUGUACCGGUGCAAUGGGGGUGACGUUUGAAAGAGAUUGGGCGGAAAGCCUGCAGGAGGGCACUUCAGUAGAGUUCCGCUUUCAUUCCGUAGCAGCGAUUGGUUCCCGCGCUCCGAGUGUAAUAAUAGACCGAACGGGUGCUUCCACUCCGAGUCAAGUCAUUUACUUUGUCCGCUCCAGGGAAAACCUCCAAGAGAUGGUUCCAGGCUUGUUCAAUCAGCAGUGGUGGAUGUCCUGGGAACCAGACUUUAGGUUUGAGACCAUAUGGCUCCAGCCGAUUUUGCCAAAUAAAUCCGACGUGCCAAACAAACCCUUUGCGUGCCGUAACCUGAGAUCCAUCCCACUUCAAUAAAGUGCCCGAACUCCUUGAAUCUGUUCCGUAUACCUGGUCGUUGCGUCCAGCUUGCCAGGGAAAGAGACGAACACAUGCACUGUGUCUUGUCUUGAAUCUUGCUACUGAUUCCCUCUACCGCUUCGCUUCUCCUGGACCAAAGCGAUGGUUAUGCCCUUCACCUGAAUUAUCGAAGCCUUCUUCUUCGGUCCAGGAAAUACACACUGUGUUACCUUCAACAUAUUGGCUGGAAUCUUUCCAUUGAGAGUAAAGGACCUUUCUGAUUAUUCGAAGGUCCAUCGAUUGGGCGUCGAUCCACGACGAGUAUCGCACAUUGAGAGGAACGAUCUUGCCCCUCCAAAUGACCAACUCAUGAUCAAUUUCCUACCUGAGACUUCCCGACCAAUAGCGUAUCUUGCCAUUUUGGACCUUUCAUUUCUGCCAUGGCUGGGGGGGACGCCUCCAUUUUACGGUAUCGGCGACGUCGUGAUGAGAUGCGCACUCCUGGUUUCCGUGCCGCACGAAGAGGAC